UCUCUAGGUAAGUCCGGGGCCUGUGUGGAAAGCUAGAAGGGAAACGCUGUGGGAUUUCCUUGCACAUUGAGGCGAUCUUCAGGUCUGACUCCAGUCAUAAAGCUCUCUGCAUCACGUGAGCCACCUCACCUUCGCUCCAACAACAUCCUUAAUUUCAGUCGUGGCGUAACAGAGCCGGAAGGACGUGGCCGGCUCGUCCCUCUGAAUGCCCUCAGCCUGGAUUCCGCUCUUCAGCAAACCCUAGUUGUAUUCGAGGGUCAACGGACAAGUUCAAGGUCGGGCAGCGGCUGCUCAGUGUGCAUCGGGACUCCGGACUCCUCGGUUUCCUAACCGAGAAGGGGGAGCCCAACAAAUUGGGGGUCUUGUCUCGGGGAAAGGGUUCUUUCCCUUUAGCGAUCACUUCCUCCUCCGUGUGGGGUGGGCGGACCCUCCCCAUAAAGUCCAGAUGGUCCUGGUGGGUUCUGCUGGGGCUGAGCGCCCUGGGGAAAUGGGUCCCCAAGUUGCCCUCCUGGUGGCGGCGCUAGCCGGCUGCCUGCUUCCUGCCCGGAGCUGUGUCACGUGUGAUCGAAGGGUGGUGGCCGCGCUGGACUCCUUCGAUAAGGAAUACCUGCCUACCCACCUGGCGCCCGAGCGUCACAGAGAAGUGAUGAGAACGAUAGGAGCAACCGUGGGGAAUUUCACCAAACUGCCAAAUUUACAGCGUUCCUUUAUCGGGGUUAUCGAUGAAGCCACAAUGGAAACGUCAGUCUUGAGUUUUCUGAGGAGUGUGAAAUAUAUCACAAACCGUGGUUUAAGAGAUGACACUUUAGAGAAGGAGUUCUCCGAGAUGUUGACUCGGGAAAAAGAAAGCUUUCAGAGCUACGUCGUUCGGUUCCAAAGAGAGGAUUUCUGUCCCAACAAAUGUGGUACGAUGUUGCAGCUUCUGCUCUGGUGCCACAUAUGCAGAAAGCACCUUUACCUUUGUCGAAAGUCCACAGAUUGCGGAGUGCGCCAAAUCAACGUCCAUGAAAAGGAAGACUUGGUCCUGGACUGUGAGCUCAACUGGCAUAAAUUAUCUGAAGGCCUGACCAACUACAGCUUUUACAGGGUUUGGGGGAGCAAUUCUGAGACCUUGGCGUACAAGGGGAAACGACCCACCCUGACCAAGCCCCUCGUGGGGCCAGAGGAUGCAGGUACCUACCGCUGCGAGUUGGGUACUGAGCGACAUGGCCCAUCCACGAUCAUCCAUUUUGAAGUCACAGUGUUGCCUCAAAGAAUCAUUGCGGAGACAACGUCCAAGUCUUCAACCUUUGUAACCCAGCCUUCAAUGUUUGUAACCCGGUCAUCAACCAGUGGAACCCUGGCUGAGAUCUGGCAUGACCUGUCCCUAACUGUCGGGAGGGCAGAGUACCCGAAGACGGAGAAUAGGCUGAGAGGCCGUCUGAUAGGGCUGCUGAUCUGGGGCUUUGUGGUGCUGAUCAUUGGCAUUCUCACCGUCGUCCUUUGCUUUCGGCCUGGGAAGGUGAUCGAUUCCAUGAAUACCUGGUUCUCCGCUGACAGGGCGGGUCUUCCAUAGGGCUAGGUCCCAAAGAGUCAGCCUUCACAGGAGCAGGUGCCGAAGGUACCGAAGGAAAAGGCCACAGUACCGUGGCACAAAUAAAGAUUUAUCUGGUUGUCUAAAUA